AGCGCACGCGAGCGCGGGGCUCGAAGUCAAAGCCGCAAACGGCCAAGGGGACGCCCAACGGUCUGGCCGCCUUGGGGACCUCCCGCACUCAGGUGCAGGCGUGUGGCACCAGAUGGCCCCCGCGCUGUGUGCCGCUCUUGGGAACCGCGGAGGCCAGGCACCCGCAGAGGACGGACAGUCGGCAGGCCCCUCUCCUCCAGGAAGCGCAGCCUGAUUCACAGCUGUCUGUGAGUGCGUGCGUCCCCAGUACACGUACACGAGCUGCAUGACAGCGCGAUGCCUCAAGGCCACCACGUUCGGCCUCAUCUGAACCCGCGACCUUCGACACAUACACAGACCCCAGAGGCAUUGGGCCUGCGGCUUAGCCUUGGAAGACAAAAGGUUCCUAUGGCCACGGAAGUGCAUACGCCCCCUACGCAGCCGGAGUAUAUGACCUUUGAGGAUGUGGCCGUGUACUUCUCGUGGGACGAAUGGGACCUCCUUGAUGAAGGUCAGAAACUCCUGUACUGCGACGUGAUGCUGGAGAACCUCGCGCUCAUGACCUCUCUGGGUUACUGGUGUGGAGCGGAAGACGAGGGAGCGCCGGAGCAGAGCGUUUCUGUGGAAGUGUCACAGGUGUUGAUGACAUUCAAAUUGUUGGCCAUGACCUUCACCUGGGAGGAAUGGAGGCAGCUGGACCAGGACCAGAAGCACUUGUAUCAGGAGGUGAUGAUGGAGACUUGCAGGCACCUGGUGUCGCUGGGGUAUCGUGCUCCCAAACCAGAACAGAUGCACACGCCGGAGAAUGAGCAGGAUCUCUGUGUGGUGAAGAGAGGCCCCUCCUGAAGUUCCUGCCCAGGUGCACCUCCCUCGGAGCUCCACAGCCGUCCUCACAGGUCGCACCUGCGGUCACUUGCUCUCAUCCUCCUGUAAGAACUUGAUUUUAUUCAGGUUAAUUUUCCAUUAAACUUCUCGUGUAGUUUUUAUUUCAUGUUCUUUCUUCAAAAUCACUUUUUCCAUGUAUAGAAAUUUGGAUUAAAGGUUAUUUCUUUAG